AGGGCCUAAAGACUGCCUAACACAUGCCUUGGAAGCCAAGCCAUUCUUUUGCCCCAACUCCAGGUCGAGUGCAUGGGGAACAGAACACAGGGGGCCUCCUAAUGCAGGCGUGCGGCUAGGAGUUUCUGUAUCCCCCUGGACAAGGAACCUUGCUGGGAGCGCUUUUCAUCAGUCAAUGCUGGAGAGUACAUUCGGAAGCAAUGCCAGAGGGACGGUAUUAUUGCCGUCAUUAUCCUAUGGAAGUGCGCCGUAGCAGCGGAAGUACACACCACCCGGGGGUUGUGGGAACCGCAGUUCCGGGAUGGUGGGCGGCGGCGGUGGUGGCCGCGCUGGGCUUCUAGAGAACGCCAACCCCCUCAUCUAUGAACGCUCCGGGGAGCGGCCAGUGACGGCGGGCGAGGAAGACGAGGAGGUGCCCGACAGCAUCGAUGCCCGCGAGAUCUUCGAUCUUAUUCGCUCCAUUAAUGACCCGGAGCAUCCACUGACGCUAGAGGAAUUAAACGUCGUAGAACAAGUUCGGAUUCAGGUUAGCGACCCCGAGAGCACGGUGGCGGUGGCUUUCACGCCCACCAUUCCACACUGCAGCAUGGCCACGCUUAUAGGCCUUUCUAUCAAAGUCAAGCUUCUUCGAUCCCUUCCCCAGCGGUUCAAGAUGGAUGUGCACAUUACACCCGGGACCCACGCCUCGGAGCAUGCAGUGAACAAACAGCUUGCAGAUAAGGAGCGAGUGGCAGCUGCCCUGGAGAAUACCCACCUGCUAGAGGUCGUUAAUCAGUGUCUGUCAGCCCGAUCAUGAACCUGGCUUUUGACCACCAGCCUGCACACAGGUGUCCUGGCCUCAGCUCCACCAAGGGCUUGUGGCUUUGUUUUCUUGAAUCACUGACAAUGAGAAACUAACCUUUUUCAUUUUGUAAUAAACCCUUAAUUUAUAUUCA